GUCUUGUUUAGCUGCGCUUUCAGCUUCCACAUGCCGUACACAUCGAAGACAUACUCCACAAAUCAACACAGUUUUGGGAAUCACGUACCUCGUUGACAUAAUCUCAUUGAUGAAAUCCCUCAUUUCCUAAGGCGUUGCAAUCUCCCAACUUAGAUUGACGCACGUGUACACUUUUCUACACUUUUGCACACUCACCUUCACCCCGUUACCACACAUGCCAAGACCGCAUUCACCAACACAGUUGCGCCGCCAGAUAUAAACAAGUCUCUGACCCUCGACCUUUCAUCUUCGUACAACCUCGCACCUCGCACCAGCAGUCCUUUUGCCGUUACACUCUGCCUUACAGCCAUACACAACACCGCAACAGCAAGGAACUAAUCCACCAUGUCAGACACCGAAGGUGCCAAGGGCAAGGGCUGGACUGACCGUCAGCGUCUCGCGUACUACUUCAACCUCGUCGAGUUCUCCAACGUCAAGCUUGACUUCGCUAAUGCGCCUCGCCCGGAUGGCAAGUCGGUCGGCGCCUGUCGCAUCAUGGUCGACCGUCUGAAGGGCACCCUCAAGGCCGAUCUCGCUGCUCUUCGUGGUGUCGACGAGGCCGAUGUGGUUGGUGUCAAGAAGAUUCCUACUCCGCGUAAGCGCAAGGCCAAGGGCGACGCUGGUACUGAGGGAGAAGCCACACCCACCAAGCGUGGACGCAAGAAGAAGGUUGCCGAGGAGGUCGUAGCGGACGAGGACGAGGAACUCACCCCCGUCAAGCCGGAGCCGAAGAAUGAAGACAUCGAGGAAGAUCUUUAA